AUUGGAAAAAGCAAAGAAAUGAAACGCGAGAGAAGAGACCGAGAAAACGCUUAGAGCCAAGCGCAAGAGUAACAGAAGGGCCCAAACGAGAAACUUUCGUAGCGUUUCUCGGGAACAAAGAGCCUUUUUUUUUUUUCCUUGUGUUUUCCUGUGAAACUCAGAAUCGCAAGACCCAGAGAUUAUUUUCUGCUUUUCUUUCUUAUUCCACGCAAGAACAGUGAUUUUUUCUCAGGAAACAUAGAAUCUGGAAAAAAAGAAAAGAAAAGAAAAGAAAAGAAAGAUGAUAUCUUCAUUGGCUAUGGCGCCUGCUUCUUCAUGGUAUUCGACAUCAUCUUCGGUGGUGGUUCGAGUGGAGAAGGCCACGAGUGAGUUCUUGACAGGCCCUGACUGGCCUAUGAACAUUGAUAUCUGCGACAUCAUCAAUUCCAAUCGUUGUUAUGAUUUUGGUUUUUGAAAACCAGAGAUUCUCAUAGCUUCUCUGUUGAAGCUGGGCUGCAGAUGAGAAUAAACGGAACAGGGUGGCGAAAGAUGUUCUCAAAUCUGUGAAGAAAAGGCUGCAGAACAAGAAUCCUAAAGUGCAGCUACUUUCUUUAACGCUUCUGGAGACGAUGGUGAAAAACUGUUCUAAUGUUGUGCACGUUCAUAUUGCUGAAAGAAGUAUAUUAACAGAGAUGGUCAAAAUUGUAAAGAAGACGAUGGAUACACACGUUAGAGACAAAAUCCUAGUACUGAUAGACUCUUGGCAAGAGGCGUUUGGUGGCCCGGGAGGAAAAUAUCCUCAGUACUAUUGGGCGUAUCAAGAACUGAAGCUUGCUGGUGUAGGAUUUCCGCCACGUUCAUAUGAUACAGCUCCAAUUUUCACUCCACCGGUGUCUCAUCUUGUACAAAGCCCGCCCCGGAUAGAGUAUGGAAUGCCAAGUAAUUCUUCGACUAGACAUGAUGGCAACAUGGUGUCUGAGAUGGAGAAGUUAAGUUUUUCAGCCAUAAGUUCUAUGGGGGGUAUUGUUGAUCUUUUAGCUGAAAUGCUGCAAGCUGUGAACCCAGGCGAUCGUUCUGCUGUAAAAGAUGAAGUUAUUGUGGAUCUUGUUGAGCGUUGUCGUGCCAAUCAGAAGAAACUGAUUGAUAUGUUAACCGCAACCAGGGACAAUGGCCUUCUGGAACAGGGCCUUUAUUUGAAUGAUAUCCUGCAAAGUGUGCUUGCAAAGCACGAUGCCAUAGCGUCUGGUACUACCUUACCAAAUCCUGUCGAGGAUAUCAAGCAUCCCACGACUGAGUCUCGUGAAGGCGGGAGAGCUGGCACAUCUGGUACUCGUGAAGGCGGGAGAGCUGAUAGGUCUGAUACUCGUGAAGGCGGGAGAGCUGAUACAUCUGGUACUCGUGAAGGCGGGAGAGUUGACACGUCUGGCACUCGUGAAGGCGUGAGAGUUGACACGUCUGGCACUCGUGAAGGCGUGAGAGUUGACACGUCUGGCACUCGUGAAGACGUGAGAGUUGACACGUCUGGUACUCGUGAAGGCGGGAGAGCUGACAAAUCUGAUACUCGUGAAGUCGUGAGAGUUGACACGUCUGGUACUCGUGAAGGCGGGAGAGCUGACAAAUCUGAUACUCGUGAAAUCGUGAGAGUUGACACGUCUGUUACUCGUGAAGGCGGGAGAGCUGACACGACAUCCGAUACCGAGGCAGAUGCUAAGUCCCUUGUGCCAGUGAGUGCAAGUCAUUUGGAUGAUGAAGAGGAAGAUGGCAAGAAAGAGGACUGUGCAGAGCUGAUUCAAAGACGCUCGAAAACUCGCCCUGCAGCUCCCCGAGAAGGCGAGGGAGAGCCCUCAGAUCCAUCCAUGAGUGCAUUGAUUGUUAUUGAUCCCCCCGAGCCUACCAAGGCAACAAAAGAGCAGGAGAUAAUCGAGCAGUUGAGCAUCACCCUGGCGUCAAGCAUGCCCCCAGACACCCCCGAAACGCCUGUUCCCACUUCUGCAGAUCAAACCAUGAACCAAACGGCCCCGGUUUCUUGUUUCAAUCCAUGGAAUAAUCCACACACCCCUCAUUCUUAUCCUGGACAUCAUAGCCAGGCAUUCAACAGCUAUAUAGCUCCCUGGGCUCAGCCCCAACCCCAACCCCAAAUGCAAACUUUUGCUCAGCCUCAGUUUCAGCUCCAAUCCCAAUCCCAGUCUAUGUUCCACCAGAUGCCCCAAUCCAAUGGUCAGUUCCCUCAGAACUCUUCUGCCUAUACACCACCCCCCUGGGCUCCAACUCCAGGCUAUUACAGCCAAUCAAACCAAUCAUUCACACCACUUUACAUGUACUCAACCCCACAACCCGCCACGACCUCAUCCACACCCUUCGCCAACUCGUUCCCAGCUACGGGAAACACCAGCCCGGGCCUCAAUGGGAACGCACAAGCCAGCCCCCGCCCCAGCGCCACAACGGGCCCCUCCUCUCCUGAACCGAAGCCUUUCAUCCCAUCAUACAGGCUGUUUGAAGAUCUUCAUGUUUGGGGUAAUGGAGAACAGAAUCCUAGGACAACAGGCAACAACCCAGCAUACAAUUUGUUUGGAGCAAACAGCCAUAAUAUCAUUGAUUUGCGCAAAUGAGAUGAUUGAUUGAUUGAUAGGGAAUUUACAACAUUUUACAAGCUUUACAUGGUUGCUGCUGGCUGGCUGGCCUUUCAUCCUCUGCCUUUUUCAAGUUUAUAUAUUUUGUAGGUGGAAUUUUGGAAUAAGUAUGAUUUAGUUAUUGUAGCCAUGCAUGCAAUUACUUUGUGUGCAGGCUAGUAGAGAUAUUUUAUGCUUUUUAGUUUUUACUGUUGAUCAGCUAUAUAGUGUACUUUCAUUUAUUUAUUUAUUUUUAAAUAUCAUGAACUUAAGUCUUUAGAGUAUAAGGUCUUCACUUGGAAGAUACAUGCUUAUCAUUAAUAAUAAAUUAUAUUUAAUAGUUUAAUCA